AUGCGAAGCUAUGUUAGUUGUGUAUGCCGAUGCGCAGCUACGCGAGCUAAGCUAUGUCCCUCCCGCCUUCCCCGCACGCCCUUCGCACAUCCUUCGCCAGUGCUGUCCAGUGUCCUUUGUCGUACGCACGGUCGUUUCGUAGCGAAUAUGGAGCAAUUUAUCGAAGUUGUUAAACAAUUUCCUGUGUUAUGGAACACACAGUUAAAGGACUAUCACAAUUUAAUUAAAAAGGAUGUUGUAUGGAAACAAAUAGUGGAGGAAAUAAGUAAUCCAGACAUACCAGACGUGAAAACUGCGAAGAAUGAGUGGAAAAAAUUACGAGAUAGUCAUCGAGAGUCACUCAAAAGGAUGAAAGCCAGUACAAGUGGUCAGGCUGCUUCUCCGGCAAAUAACUGGAAAUAUGCCGAGUUACUCGAAUUUCUUUUACCCCACAUGAAAAACCGUAAGAGAACUGGUAACGUAUCAAUUAAUGAUAAAAAUACUUUGGCCAGUACAUCAACUCAAAGUCAAAAUACUUUGCCCGGUACUUCGAUCGAAAGUCAAAAUACAUUGCCCAGUACAUCAACCGAAAGUCAAAGUACUGAGAUUUUCGAAGAAAUUCCGAAUGAUGAUGAUGAAAAUACUUCCGAACCACCAAGGAUAAAAAAAAGAAAAGUUGCCGAUGACGCAUCAUUAAACGACUUACUUCAGAAAGUCGAUAACGAUUUUAUGAAGCGAUGUGAGCAAAGAGAGCAACGGAAGGCUGAGGAGGCAAAAGAGGCGGAGAAACACAGACAUCCGUUAAAUUUAUUUUUUGACAGUAUGUGCGAGUCAACUAAAAAGCUUCCCGAUUGGAUACAAAGAGAUGUAAAAAAAAGCUUUUUCAAAUUGUAAACGAAGCAGAGGAAAAUUAUGAAAGUUAUUUGUCUAGGCAGACUUAUCAAUAUGGGUACUCAUCAUCAUCCACAUUUUCGACGCCAACUCAAAACGAUAUUGUGGGGGACUAAAAGGGCUGAUGUAAGUAAAAUGGAAUGAGCCGCCUGCGCGCGGCAGAGUCGGGCAGUUGGUUGGCGCCUACCAACUCGGUUGGUCAUGUACAUAGUUUAUAAGUAGAUAAGCUCUGUUGUUGCUAUGUAAAUUAAAUACAUGAUCUACGGUGAA